UGUGACUAGGCGGCGCGUGCCGGUUUUCUGGGCCGUUACUGGGGGAAAAGAUGGUGGAAGCUGUGGCGGCAACGUGCACAAAACUCCGUCCAAAACAUCUCGGAAAAUAUUCACAGUCUCAGCCUGGCAUAGGAUAUCGGUUACCGGGAGACAAACACAGAUAAUACACGCUAAAGAAAGACCAAAUCAGGCGUUUGUGUGACACACACACACACACACACACACACACACACACACACAUACACAUACACACACAUUAGUGGUGUGAAAACGUGGGUGAUCACGACCAAGUUGUGAAAUGAACCAGAACUAGUGAGUUGUAGUGAGUUUAUUCGACUGUUAUUUUGUGGAAGCUGACAGUCAGGUCACAGAUAUAAUUUGAGCUGAAUCAAGUUUUGCUCCGAGUGCCUUAUGGUUCUGUGUGUGUGAGUGUGUGUGAAAGAGCUUAAGCAGAAUUAGCUUGUGUUGGAUCAGCUGACAACAUGCCACGGAGCAAAAAAGGGAAACGUGGAGCCUCUUCAAGUAAAGGCUCACUUCGACAGGAAGUACUUCUGUUGCAGCUUUCAGCCAAGACAGCACUGUCACGUCCAGGAAAGAAUGGAGGAAAAGGAGGGUCCGGUGCCAGUGAUGAUGAGUUGGCAUCUGAAAUGCUCAGUCAUUACAGCAGUGCCAGUGAGAGCGCCUCAGUGCUGGAUGAAGGAUCAGGUGAGAUGGUGGAUGAACAAGCUGCCCAGGAGGAAACAGAAGACAAACUAAAGCAGUGUAUUGACAACCUGAUGGACAAAAGUGUGAAGACACGGCUAGCAGCACUGGAGAGCUUGCGAUUAGCCUUCUCCUCCAGAGUGCUGUAUGACUUCCUACUGGAAAGAAGACUCACCAUCAGCGACUGUCUGGAACGCAGCUUGAAGAAAGGUGGAGGAGAGGAGCAGGCUGCAGCAGCCACGCUAUGUGCACUCCUCUGUAUACAGCUGGGAGGUGGGUUUGAAGGCGAGGAGGGCUUUAAGAUGUUUCGCCCGAUCCUUAGCUCCAUCCUGACGGACAGCUAUGCCAGUCUAUCAGCUCGUCAGAGUUGUGCCCGAGCAUUGGGAAUGUGCUGCUACGUGUCUGCAUCAGACAAUGCUGAAGAUUUGUUGACGUGUAUGGGGAAUUUGGAGAGUGUGUUUGUGGGUGCAUAUCCAUUGGGUGAUGGUAGUUUACCCUCAGUUAAAGCUGGAAGUCCAGCUCUCCACAGUGCUUCCCUUCAGGCCUGGGCUCUGCUGGGUACUCUGUGUCCUGCUUCCCACAUCAGAAACAUGGUCAGGCAUCAUUUGCCUCAGCUGCAGGCUUGUUUGGAGAGCAGUGAGGUAAACUUCAGGAUCGCUGUAGGAGAAACCAUCGCUCUGCUGUAUGAACUGGCACGAGAAGUUGAUGAGGGGUUUGAGUAUGAAGAAUGUGAAGUGCUGUGUGAGAAUCUAAAGCGUUUGGCAACAGACGGAAAUAAACACAGGGCCAAAAAUGACCGACGCAAGCAGCGAUCCAUCUUCCGCGAGGUUCUACAUUACAUCGAGGGUGAGGAUUUUUCUGAUGAGAAGGUCCGGUUUGGGGUCGAGGUGCUCUACCUUGAUGGCUGGAUGCGUCGUCGGAUUUAUGAUGCCUUUAAAGAGGUGCUGGGGUCUGGAGUGAGCCACCACCUGCAGGUUAACCCACUACUGAGAGAUAUUUUUGGCUUUGGAGCUCCUCUCAUUCUGGACUCUUCAGUCAAGGCCACCAGGAUCUCCCGCUCAGAAAGGCACCUUUUCAAUUCAGCUGCAUUUAAAGCCCGGACAAAACUACGGAACAAAGUGAGGGACAAACGAGCAGAUGUGAUGUGAUGCUGCUGCUGAUGAUGACUUGAUGCAGAGAGAGGAACGCUUCUUCUGAGCUCACUUGAAAUGUUAAAACAGCAACUGCCAAACCAGGGACUUGACAAUGCAAAGUGUGUGUAUGUGUGUAAGGAAGAGAGAAUGUGUGAAUGCUGUGCCUCAAUUUUAUUUAACAUUACUGAAUAUAAAUAAUCAAAAGCCUAAAAUUAACUGUGCAACACGUAGCAUUUUCUCUUAGCAUUUAAAACAUACAUAAUGUUGUAUUUCUACAUGUUGUGAAAGUUCAGAUCCGGUCUCAGUAGAUACCCUGUGAUCAGCAGGAAGCAGGAAACUUCUAAGGAAAAUGCUAUGUAUUGCUUCUUUAAACAUCUUAAUAUUGAACACUUAAUAUUGAACAUUUAUUCAACAUUUAUACAACCUCUUACAAGGCUGUAUUGAGUGUUUCUGUUAAAAUGUAUUUUACUUCCUAAUUUAUUCUGAAUUUUGGGAAAACAAAAGACUUUUUAACAUUUGAAGCAAGCAAGUUGUGUUCAAAUGGUGGAAAAUGGCCAACAAAGUGAAACUCUAGCUUUUGUAUGUAUAUUUUAAACACUGGCUGCACAUCUCUGAUACAUAUGAACACAUAUGAACGUUUCAAUGUGCUAAUAAUUGUAUAAAAGUUUCCUCACACUGCCAACAA